AUGCUGAUGUCAUCCCCCUUCACCUCCAAAUUCGGCACGAACUAUGCGGCAGAAGGCCCGGAGGUCGAGCAAAUCCAGCUUUUACUCGCGGAGCCUACCACAAAGCUACAUGCGCUGGAGGCAGAAAUCACUCAAUACAAGCAGAAGAUUCGAGCGCUAAAGCUGGAGCGCGCAGAACUCAUAACCUUCAUCAACGGCCACAAAGCCCUGCUGUCGCCCAUUCGACGCAUGCCACGCGACGUCAUGGAGGAAAUCUUCCUUGCGUGCCUGCCUACCCUCCGCAAUAGCGCUAUGAGCGCGAAAGACGCGCCACUCCUUCUUGGACGCGUUUGCAGUAGCUGGCGGACGAUUUCGUUGUCCACACCACGAUUGUGGGCUGGAAUUCACAUCAGCCAGCCCAGCAUGAUUGUCGACAUCCUGCCUCCGGAGGAUAGAACACGCAUUUGGUGCGAGCAGGCCCUCGUAACCCUCCGGGACGCGGUUUUACAAUGGCUUUCGCGGUCGGGUGAAUGCCCACUGUCUAUCUCAGUCCAGAGCAGCGUUUACCCCGUCACGACGGACGUCUUCGGGCCCAACAAAGCAGGGAUUCUUCAUAUGCUUCUUCCUUUUGCUCCGCGCUGGGAACACCUUGAAGUAUCUGGCUGCUCGCCAGCGGACUUGCUCAGUCUGCCUUCCUUCACGCCGGGAGAUCUCCAAUGCCUCAAGUCGAUCGAUAUUGACGAGGGCUUCCUUAGAAGCAACGACGACGAUAUCCCGCUUUGGCACACACUCAGCAUCCUUGGAGCAGAAAACCUCACUUCAGCGAUACUUUCCGGAAACCAGUUUGAUCCGCUGCUCCUCCCCCUUCCGUGGGGCAAUCUCGUCCAUUUGACGAUUCACAAGAACGCAGCGCCUCCGAUACCGCCGUUCACAAUGCUGACUACGAAAGCUAUACUGACUCGAUGCAACUCUCUGCGCACGCUUCGACUGUGGAUCAACACCGCCGCAAACGACAUGGAUGCAGCCGCACCCCUGGUGCAUGACAGCCUAGAACUGCUCGAGCUCGACUGCGUGGGUCAUGUGUGGACGAUUGCGCGGGAGCUCUGCUGCCAUCUCCGACUGCCCAAUCUCCGCGCCUUUAUCGCGAAGGGCCAGGCAACCUUGGGGGAGCCUGUGGACGACACGUAUGUCAAUCUCCAGCCCUUCAUUGAGGCCGCCCCCUUGCUGGAGCAUGUCGAGCUCUUUAUGGACAUGUUUACCAAGCGGUCGCUGAGGGAGCUACUCCUUGCCUUGCCCGCCUCCGUCCGUCUCCUUCACCUUAACCGCGGCGGCUACAUAACCGGCACCGCGCUGGUCGACAACGAUAUACUGUCGCUCUUCUCUGCACCGUUGGACGGGUCCACAAGCGUGGCCUGUCCCGGCCUGGAGAUCUUUGGAAUCUUCCACGCCGGCUCGUUCUCAGACGAAGAUCUGGCAGUGUUUGUCGGACAACGCACGGAGAACACAAAUUGUCGGAAACUGAAGGAUCUGGCGGUCAGAUUCGAGCGCGUUCGACGGGUUGAUAUCAUUCCCGAAAUCCAGUCGUAUAUCGACGACGGGCUCCAUGUGGACUUGGGGUACUACCAGGAGAGCCAGCUGAGCUUGCUACCCUUCAGCGGGUUGCGCAUCGAAUUGCCGUAG